GUGGAGAAGAGCCACCGUGUGAUCUGGGGCCCACUCGCGUUACUCCGCCACUGCUGCGCCGCCACGUCACUGGCGUCUCUUGCUAAGCAACCACAACCACACUGAGGUCUUGUAGUGUAAUAAUCCAACGGCGGUAAGCUAGCCCCCAUACCCUCUAUAAAAAUACCACCAACUACGCUAAUCAUAUUUCAUUCUUAAUUUGGGGGCUUUCACUUGCUUAAGUGACGAAGACGCAGAUACCUCAAGAUAAAGCACCCUGUUUUUGCGGCUCUUCGUUCACUUGGGUUGAGAUGUGUCCCCCGGCACAGCCCCCUCCAUGCCAGAUUGGAUUUUACUGGAGCGAUGAGCAAAUUAUUUUGUUACUUGCAAAUAACUCACCAGGGUCCCGUAUCCCAGAUAACGUGCUAGAUGAUUCAAACCCUUUCCAGUCCCAUCCCAGUAAUUUACCUGAUGGAAUGUGGUUCUUGGUCCACUCGAAUGUGAAAAAAGGGUUUACUAAUGAUGGGUUCUGGAAAGCCAAAGGAGAACCUUGUAAGGUUUACUCAAACAAUGGGAUAAAUGGUUGGAGAACCACUCUUGAAUACUUUGAAGGCUUAGCUCCCGAUGAACAGUUAACUAAUUGGCUUAUGCAAGAGUACAAGAUUUCACCUGAUGAAUUAAGUGACAAAUGUAGUCCAAAGGCUUCCAGAUCGCUAUGCAGAGUCUUCCUCUGUGGUGACGACAUUUCCAGGAGCAAGAUGGUAUCCCAAAACUGCAAAAACAUCAUUGAGUCAAAGAAUCUCAAUCCAGUGAAGUCGAUCAAACCUGAAGCUAAUGUAACAUCUGACCAGGACACGGAGCAUGAACCUCAGGCGAAUAGAGAAAGUGAUGUCAGAACACUUGCUAUGGCAUCUGAUGUGAAACCAAGCUCUCCUCCAGAAGACUUUUCCGAAGGAGAAUGCUUCUCUAGAGGCGACUUCUUGGAAUUGAAUGAUUUACAAGAUCCUGGAUCACAUUCUUCGAGCUCACAGAACUCGAGCUGUCCAAGCAAGUUAUCAGAAGAAUAUUUUGGUUCUGAUCAUUUUGGUUCUGCUGAUUUUCUGUGGGAUCUCGAGGAAGAAGUGGAGAAGAGUUGCAGAGAAGAGCAAUUUUCACGUUCAUGUCACAGAUUUAGCGCACAAAUUGUGCAAAACGACGUGGUCUUGCAGCCUGCACUUCCCGGUUCUUCUGUAGUGUACGAUUCUGUAAGAGGUGAUGUCGCUGAGACUCCAAGCACCAGUCCAGGCGCAGACGAAACUUCAAAAGAUAAAAAAGUGCAGUCGAAAGCUGGAGGAGCUUCGACAUCGAAUGGUGCGGCAAGAGAAGAGAAGAAGAAUGGCGGUUCAAGCAGAAUCAACAAGAUCAAGACCUAUUUCUGUUUUGCAGCAUUCUAAAUCCCAACAUUCUUAGGGAAAACAAGGUAGAAAACUGGAAGAAAAUGAGGUUGUCAUUCGAUAUGCUAAAUUCAGUAUAUGAGGGAAAAAAAGCCUAUGAGGACAGGGGAGUAGAAAACUGAAAACCUUGUUAUGUAGUAAUAUCUGAUUGGAGCUGUGAUUUAUAGUUUUUGUGAUAGUGUAAAAUAUGUAUAACCUAAUUUGAAUAAUUGUUAUGACUGUAGUAGCACAUACAUAUGGUGUUUCUUGAUUACAA